AGACGGAAAUCACACGAUGAGCACGUGAGGCAUGACGGUUUAGAGAGAGAGAGAGAGAGAGAGAAUAGAGAAGCUUUGAGCCAGCUAGUGUUCUGUUUCCAAUUCGAGAGCUUCGGAAUAAACCUGAAGCUAACGAACCAACCAUAAACCCUAUCUAUGGCCACCCUCGACCCAAUCCAAAACGGCGUCUCUUCGGACAAUCCAGCCGCCGAACCGUCCUCCACCCCCGCCGAAGACCCCACCCCAGACCCCGCCGCCGCCGAGAAGCGGUGGCCGGGGUGGCCUGGCCACUGCGUUUUCCGCCUAAUCGUGCCGGUGCUCAAGGUCGGUAGCAUCAUCGGCCGCAAGGGGGAGCUCAUCAAGAAGACCUGCGAGGAAACGAAAGCUCGCAUUCGAGUCCUCGACGGCACCGUCGGCACCUCCGAUCGAAUCGUACUCAUAUCAGGGAAGGAAGAGCCGGAGGCACCACUUUCUCCUGCAAUGGAUGCUGUUAUAAGGGUUUUUAAACGUGUCUCUGGGUUUUCUGAAAUUGAUGCCGAGAAUAAAGCAUCAGCAGUUGCAUUUUGUUCUGUCCGUUUAUUGGUGGCCUCAACACAGGCUAUAAAUUUGAUUGGAAAGCAGGGUUCAUUAAUUAAAUCUAUACAGGAAAAUACCGGUGCUUCUGUUAGAGUGCUGUCUGGAGAUGAGGUUCCCUUUUAUGCUGCUGCGGACGAGAGGAUCGUGGAACUACAGGGAGAAGCCAUGAAGGUCCUUAAGGCUUUAGAAGCAGUAGUUGGGCACCUGAGGAAGUUUUUGGUUGAUAAUAGUGUUCUUCCCUUAUUUGAGAAAACUUACAAUGCAACAAUCUCCCAAGAGCACCAGGCAGAUACUACCUGGGUUGAUAAACCAUCACUGCAUAGUGCUUCACAACCUAGCAUUGUAACUGAUCUUCCUCUUUCAACAAAAAGGGAUUCUCUCUUUGCUGACCGUGAAAGUCAGUUGGACUCAUUGCUCCCUCCUUCCACAAUGUCAAUAUAUGGGCAAGAUUCUUCACUUUCUGGUCUUCGUUCUUCGGCUCUCAGUCGACCCAGUGCUCCUCCUAUUGUUACAACGGUAAUACAAACCAUGCAAAUACCAUUGUCCUAUGCAGAGGACAUAAUUGGUAUACAAGGGACUAAUAUUGAAUACAUUCGCUGUACUAGUGGAGCCAUAUUGACUGUUCAGGAGAGCCCGGUGCCUGAUGAAAUCAUUGUGGAAAUAAAAGGUACCUCAUCUCAGGUUCAAACGGCACAACAGUUGAUUCAGGAAGUUAUAAGUAAUCACAAAGAACCUCUUGCUAGUAAUUACAGCAGGUUAGAUACAGGCCUGAGGUCUUCUUACCCUCAGUUGGGCAGUUCAUCGUAUUCCUCAUCUUCCUCAUCUUCCUUGUCCUCGCAACCCUAUAGCGGUGGGUACGGAUCUUCUGGUCUUGGAGGCUAUAGGACUUUCAGACUUUGAAUUUAGUCUCUAGGUCUCACACUGACUUCAUUUGUUCUAAUUGGGUCUGAUUUGAGAGUCGAUGCUGGAAUGUAUUAUGGAGCCACCAAAAUCACGUUUUUAUUAUCCGUUAUCAUCAUAUAAUUGGGUAAUCUUCGAUGUGGCCAAAGAGUUGAGUAGUGCCAUAGAAAAUGUAAUGAAAUAUUAACCAUUUUCAGGAUGUUUAGUUUGUAGUGUAUAUGUGCAUUGAUUUAAAGCUUAAUCGUGGAAUCUAUAGGGGCAUGAAGCUAUGUUAUAUUUAUUUUAUUUUAUAUUUGCAAUGCUAA